GUCACAAACCGUGAAGCGGCUGCGGAGUAAUGCGGAAGUGCGUGUCUGAUCAGAGUUAUUGAUUAUCAGCGGAGAGGGAUGGAUGAUUGAUGGAUGAUUUACAGACAGGGCAGCCUGAGAAGAGAUGUUUUCUCACUCUGAGAACGGACACGGAGCAGACAUGUUCUACAGGAGCGCUCAGGACAGCUUCGAGCUGUGGGACAGACGGAAGGACAGUCACAGCGCAGAACCUUUACUUCCUUCUACGCCCGCCCACAGGACGUUCGACUAUGUCCUGGUGGCGCCCAAAGUAGACGACGAGUCGGACCAGCGAGCUCAGAGACAGGCGGCCUUCAUCCAACAGCUGCAGAAGAAAAACAUCAGCAUCACUAAGAUCAUUCACGAUGACAAGGUGUUCUUUGGACUCCGUGCUCCUAACGAGGUGUUUGAGGACUACCAGUACCUGCUCAAGGUGUCCGACUCCUGCAACUGGUGUGGAGACGUGAGGGGGGCUGUCACCCAGGCAACCAGGAUUCGAAUCGUCCACUUCAUUCUCCAUCAGACCUUCAUCAACACAGGAGAGAACCUGUGGGAGCUGCUGGGAUCUGACGUGUUUGAGACCAUGUUCUGUCUCCAUGAGAGAAAGACGCAGAAGUAUCUGCAGCAGAACUGGGCUCGAUGGUCCGGUCUGUUUGUGGGACAACCAGUCAGUGAAGUUCGGUCUUACUUCGGAGAGAAGGUGGCGCUCUACUACCUGUGGCUGGGCUGGUACACUAAGCUGCUGGUUCCUGCUUCAGUGCUAGGACUAGUGGUGUUCCUGUACGGACUGGCCUUCUUCAACACAAACCCUCUCAUUAAGGAGGUGUGUAACUCCAGCGUCAUCAUGUGUCCUCGCUGUGAUAAGAGGUGCACCGUGUGGCAGCUGUCUGACACCUGUAUCUACGCCAAGGUCAGCCAUCUGUUUGAUAACGAGGGGACGGUGGCCUUCGCCAUGUUCAUGGCCAUCUGGGCCACUCUGUUCCUGGAGCUGUGGAAGAGACACCGGGCUCGCCAUGUGUGUGAUUGGAAGGUCUAUGACUGGUGUGAGGAGGAGGAGGAGCUGAUCAUGGACAUCGUCAAUGAUCCCAACUGUAAACCUAAACAGUUUCGACACUCGUACCUGCGCAGCACCUUGGUCCUCAUCAUGGUGACAUUCAUGCUGUCCCUGAUUAUUGGCCUGGCUCAAGCCCUGGUGGUCUUCAGGGUGGUGGCGGCCCCGUUGUUAUCAGAGGUCAGCUGGGAGUUCAUCAGUGACCACGCUAACACGGUGGCGGUGAUGCUGGGAGCCGUGCUGCACUAUGUCACCAUUCAGAUCAUGACCAGGGUUAACAGAUGGGUCUCCCUCAAGCUCUGCAAAAUAGAGAAAACAAACUCGUUCGCUGCCACAGAGAGGAGCUUCACGGUGAAGAUGUUCACCUUCCAGUUCUUCACUCUCUUCUCUUCACUCUUCUAUGUGGCCUUCUUCCUCGGCAGAAUAAACGGACAUCCAGGAGACUAUGUGCGUAUCGCUGGAUGGAGACUGGAGGAGUGCCAUCCCAGUGGCUGUCUGACAGACCUCUUCAUCCAAAUGGCCGUCAUCAUGCUGCUCAAACAGACGCUCAAUAACAUCUUUGAGUUCACCAUACCCUGGCUUAAGAGUUGCCUGAGCAGAAACACGGCCAAGAAGCUGCAGAGGAAGUGCGGUCACUGCUACAGGAAGGCCUGCAGAGACGAGCAGGGAAGGAUUGAACCAUGUGACAUCUGUAAACUGCGUGAUUGGCUGCGUAACUACCACCUGGCCAACUCUGACGCCUUCAGCCUGUUUAACGAGUUCCUGGAGAUGGUGGUCCAGUUCAGUUUCACCACCAUAUUCGUGGCGGCGUUUCCCCUCGCCCCCCUGCUGGCUCUCCUCAACAACAUCUUCGAGAUCCGUUUGGACGCCAUCAAGAUGGUUCGUCUGGAGCGCCGGCUGGUUCCCCGGAAAACCAACGACAUUGGUGUGUGGACAAAGGUGUUGGAGGCCAUUGGCGUGCUAGCAGUGAUUGCUAACGGUCUGGUCAUCGGCGUGUCUUCAGACUUCAUCCCUCGCCUCGUCUAUCGUUACCGUUACGGCCCCUGUGCUACAGGUGUCGCGCACACACACUGUAUGCAGGGCUACAUUAACGACACUCUGUCCACGGCGUCCAUGUCUCACCUGGCAGUCCAAGCAGACUUCAGCGGCCCAAAACAGAUGCUCACAGACCAGAAAGUCAAUGUGACACAGUGCAGCUACCGAGACUACAGGAGUGAUGAGGACUACACGCUGACCUCUCAGUUCUGGUUGGUCCUGGCUGUGCGCUUUGCCUUCGUCAUCCUUUUCGAGCACGUGGUGGUGGUGUGUAAGUUUAUUGCUGCCUGGUUUGUCCCGAACAAUCCCAUUCAUGUGAAGAACGAUCGACUACACGACAAACUGGCUCGACUCAAAGAGGAGCUACGAGAAAUGAAACGCAGUAAAUCUACAGAAGUCUGACCUCAAACCGACUGAAGAGUCCCUGCUGGUUGGAGCGGCGAAGAGGAAGAGGAUUUAAGAGACUUGUAUUUUCACCUCCAGGUUGCUGUGGAAGCUUUGUGUGUCUGAUUUUGUUUUUAUUUACUCCUGCUACACGCAGACAUCACGUUUAGCACACACCAGCUGACAGUCAUAUGACGUCUUCUUUGUGAUACUGUAUGAAAGAUUAUAUUUUUGUCUUUUAGUGUUGUAAGUUAUUUUCAUGGUCUGAGAGUAGAUGUGCUGAGAGUUGUGAUUAAAGGGACAUUUUAUUACAUCACUGUAACUUUACAUGUGCAAAGAGGAUCAUAUGCACUCACUGGUCACUUAAUUAGUUACACUUGUUCAACCACGAGUAAAUGUAAAUAUCUAUUAGCCAAAGAGAUGGCAAAAACUAGUGCAUUUAGGCAUGUAGGUCCAAAACUCCAUCCUUCACCUAUAAAAUGUGACGCCACAUUUACGCCUCUGUGACGUCUCACCUUAAAUAUGAACGCCACAGUCAUAAAGAGGGACUAAAGUGAUCCCCCCCUCUGUGCUGCUUUUGGAGGUAGUUACAGCGAGGGAACCUGGUGUUCUGUGAGUCAGACACAACUUUAUGGCCUGGACCCACCCAACUGUCUGACUAGCCCACCCUAACUGAUCAGAACAAUGAACUUUUCCUGCUUUUACUUUUAUUGAUUCAUACUUGAUAUUUGAAUGUCAUUAUAUGCCUCAAAAAUACAGGUUGUGCUUUUAAAAAAUGAAAGGUGUCAUAUUUAUGCAGCUAUCACUGUCUCAUCCACAGUAGCAGUGUUAAUUUUGGCAGUUUUUUUUUUAUUUUAGUCUUAGUUUUAGUCUUUAGAUGAAAUGCAUUUUAGUUUAAGUCCCAUUUUAUCAUUUCUACCUUUUUUAUUUAUGGUCUAGAGUUAGUCCAUAACAAGUCCUCACAUUUUAGUCUUUACUUUUAGUCCAAGCAUCUAUUUUUUUGCUUAAAUCUGGUACCAAAUCAUGGUAGUGUGUUCUCUACACUCUGCUAAACCUGGGGUCCCUGCUUUCUACAGCUGAGAGGCAGAAUAGAUACAGAUGCAUUGUUUUUGACAGAUUUACCCACAGUGGCGAAAUAUCACAGAUGUUGUUCGUCCGACAAAAACUAAAUUACAUUUUAGUCUAGUUUCAGUCAUUUUGACAAUAACUAAACUUAGUUUUUGUCCAUUUUAGUCAUCAGUUUUAGUCAUAGUUUUAGUCGACGAAAUUAACACUGCACAGUAGCUGACACUGCCUCUGCUCAGAGAGCCGGCUAUGAUUUACCUGGAUGAACGUUUCUCUUUGAUACAAAAAUGGAAAGGCAGGAGGUAGUGCUGGAUGUUCCUGUCUGUUCUGACUACCUUUGAAUUGUUUAAAAAGUAAAAACCAAAUUGUUUCUGAUAUUAUUAGCUCGAACAGACAGCCUGGUGUGACGCUUUCUGUCUCUCUGCUAUCAAUAUAAACAAAGUCUAGAUUAUAAUCAAAAAGAAAUUUCCUUAAAGUUAAAUAAGGGUUAAUUUAAGGAUAAAAAAGAUAAUAUUUUUGCACUUGACUGUGCUUUAGUUGAGCCAGUUAAUCAAAAUGAGUAUUCCACUUACAAACAACAGGCUGUCGUUGGCUAAAUGAUUCAGAGAGACAUCUCCAGCAUUUUCUUUGAGUUAACCCUUAGGGAUGUUUUAUCAGUCACACUCAGGCUGCUGAGCACAAAAAAUGUGCUUUUCAUACAGUAGUGAUGAAAAUACUAUAAUUAAUAUAUAUAUAUGUUUUUUUUUAAGAUUUAUUUUGUGCCUGUUUUUAGAUAGAGGAGGGCAGGGGAUAGAGUCGGAAACAGGGUCAAGAGUGGGGGACAGACAUGUGGUGAAGGGCCUCAAGCCGGAUUCGAACCCGGGCCACCUGCGUGCGUGGGGAGCGCCUUUAACCACUAGGCCACCUGCUCCCCAUACAUUAAUAUUUUAUUCUACUUUCAUUGUGCUCAUUUUUUCACCUGCAACUGACCUUAUUAUUGGUAUCAAAUAUUGAUUAAUGUCUUAAGAUUUUGAUCCUUUAAAUGCCAAUUUUUUUUUUUUGUUUUGUUUUUUUGUCAAGAUGCCACCACGUUUUUCGAUGGAAAAAACAAAACAAAACAGAAAAAUUAAUCACUUUCAAUAUGCUACAUGCAAAUUAAUUUUUUGUGUUGAAUGAUUACAGCCUGGGUUAUGUCUAUGAUUAGCAGCAACACUGAUUUUUAUGAAUUAUUAUGUUUUUGCAUGUUUAGCUUGUUUUUUCUCCAUAAUGCCAAAUAUGGUCAAAAUGACGCCAUCUAGUGGAGAGUAGUAGCAUGAUCAGUUCCAAGGCAAAAGCCCAGAGUGACACCAUUAAAAUGCAAUUAAGGUUUUAUGCUUUAAUGAAGUGUUUCCCAACCAUUUUUCCUUGGGGCCCCCCUACAUGUACCUGAGAAAAGCGGAGCCAAUCCACGACCCAAGGGAGAAGAAAAAAGUGACACACCGCCGCCAAAAAUCAACAUAGAUUUGAAUUGUUUCACGGAUAAAAGCCUAAAAAAGGCCUAUGCAUGCUUUUCUUAUCAAAAGACCUUUGUAUAAACUACUUUAAUAACUGCUUUAUCAUGGUUUUAGUCAAUAUUUGAAACAGUGUAUUUUAGACUUAGGCAAUCUUGCCAAAAUUCAUGGCAUAUACAUGAACACAGCCAAAAUUAUCAAAACAUCAAGAAUGAAAAAUAAAAUAUGCACAACCUCCCCAAAGGGUUGAAAAGGCCAGAAUACAAGAGGGAAAAACUUUAAAGUUUUGGUAUUAUCAGGUCUAUCUGGGCUCCUGCUGUACUGUUACACUAUCCCUCAGAGUCGAAAUGCAGGGAGACUGGGACAUGUAAUAUCACGUCUUGAGGUGUAAAGAUGGCAAAGCUUUAAUACAGCACCAUAAAAACAUAGUACGCUGUACAAGAGUCAUAACACAUUUAUAUCUUUAAAAUAAAAAUGACUUAGAUUGUGGACCUUUAGCUGUGAGGGGAGGCCUUUUGAAGGCCCCUGGCCUCAGGCUUGUAUACCUAAUGAAGCGAUCAGUAUUUGUUAGUGAGCUGUGAUACACGUCUGACCAGCAGACGGAGCCAACGAGUCAACUGACAACAAGCAAAAGCCAUGAAGAUGUGAGAGCUGGGGUUAACCUCAGUCCUUUAAAAGUCAUCAUGCAUGUGGUGUGUAUGUUCAGUUUAAAUAAAACCAUGCUAUAGCCAUGUAAACACUGUCUAUACACUUUUAUUGUUCUUCUGUGUCAUUUAUGUUGUAUAGCAUUGUGAUAAAUCAGUUUUAUUUUACCAUUUGUUUACUGGGAUUCCUGCUUACUUGUGUUUCAGUGAGCAAUUACUUCCCAGACCACAUUUUUUCACCUCAAGACUUGUGAAUAAUUAUAUUUAACAGCCAUCUGAAACAGUCCAUACAAGAAAUUAAUUCCCUAAAUCACAGGUUUCAAACUCAAGGCCCGGGGGCCAAAUCCGACCCUCAUGAUGAUCUCAAAUUUCUGUUAAUUCUGGUCCAUCAGUCUGAGGUCUGCAGAUUUCCUUAAGUAUAAAAAUGUGAACUUAUCCUGAUGAUUUAAGAUAUCCUUGUUAAGUCACAAAUCU